AUGGACGAGAAGUACGACAAGUACAAGACAUUUCCCCCGCGCCCGACGAACCCGCCGAUGCGUCCCCACGCGCGGAGGGCUGGGCGGUUCCGGCCUCUGCUGGUGCUGACGCUGGUCGUCCUCUGCCUCUACGUGUACGCGAGGCCGUCGUCGGUCUUGAGCCCGCUGCCGGACAUCUCGCGCCUCUCCAACACGUUGCAGCAGAACACACCGCCCGUUGCGGACACGAAGGCCCUGGUGCCGCUCGAGGCACAUAUCAUGUCCAAAUGCCCGGACGCCAAGGACUGCCUUCAGCAGCUGGUCCUGCCCGCCAUGGUGCGCGUCUUCGACAAGGUCAACUUCACCCUGUCCUUCAUCGGGACGCCGACCGAGAACGACGGCAUUGCGUGCAUGCACGGGCCGGAGGAGUGUCUUGGUAAUAUCAUGUUGCUCUGCGCCGAAGCUCUGUACCCCGACCCGAAGACCUACCUUGGGUUCUCCAUGUGCUUGAUCAAGGACUACCACAACAUCCCGCAGAGGAGUCUCAUUGAGGACUGCGCUCUGGAGCAUGCCAUCGAUUUUGGGAAGCUGGACGAGUGCGCGAGCAAGGACGACGGCGCCUGGGGAGUCGAAAUGCUCCGUAACAGCGUCCGCCGUUCAUCAGAGUACGCUUAG